ACCGGACCUGCACACGACCAACUGCCGUUUACUUUCAACCUGUCGACCGAAGUGACCAGACCGAAGUCUACAGAGCGAAAGAAAUGGCGUCCACUGGACACGAUGGAGAUGGCGGAGAGAGGAGGAGAGGAGGCGAAAAGAGGAAGAGGGAAGAGGAGUCAAGCAAGACUGGAUUGGAGGAGAUGAGGAAGAAGAGGAGAGGAGCUGAGGAUGGAGGAUUGGAGGAUGAGGAGCCAAGACCUGGGAGCAGCCAAGACCCUGUAACAUCCAGCCCCUACCCCCGGCUUACCAUCAGCCGCUUCAACAUCCACCAGAUCUUGGGUAGGGGCAACUUUGGCAAAGUGGUCCUGGCAUCAGUCCCCGGCCGAAACAUCUACAUGGCCGUCAAAAUUAUCAACAAGAGGGACAAUGAGGAUACCAUCAUGAGAGAGCGGCGGAUACUCCAGGCGACCAGAGACUGUCCAUUCAUUUGCCACCUCUAUGCCGCACAUGAGUCUCUGGAACGCGCAUAUUUCAUCAUGGAGUAUCUGUCCGGUGGCAGCUUGAAUAAUCUGAUCAGCAUGUGCGGCAGCCUGAACAUCGGCAAUGUAAGGUUCUACACAGCAGAGAUGGUGUGUGCCCUCCAGUUCCUCCAUGGACAUAACAUCGUCCACCGAGAUCUAAAGCCACAAAACAUCAUGUUGGAUGCAGAAGGCCACAUCCGUAUCAUUGACCUGGGACUGGCCCAGGAUGGGGUCACCUCCUCCAAUAAGAUCGAUGGAGUGACAGGAACAUUCUAUUACAUGGCCCCUGAGGUGCAUCUCGGGAAGGACUAUGGCACAGCAGUGGAUUGGUGGAGCCUGGGGAUUGUGGUGUCCAUGAUGGCAACAGGACGCUCCCCAUUUUACAUCGGCUUGUCCAUGCAAAAGUCCUUCAAAGCCAUCACAAAGAAGGAGCCCAAAUUUCCACCUGGGCUGCAUGCUGACUUGAAACAUCUCAUCAUGAAGCUGCUGUGCAAAGCUCCUGAGAUGCGCCUGGGUGUGUGCGGUAACAUCAGAGAGCAUCCAUUCUUUUCCAUCAUUGGCUGGGAGGAACUGGAGGAGAGGAGAGCAGAACCACCAUGCAUACCAUUCCAGACAGUUCUGCAAAAUAAACAUCUGCAGUGGCCGGCGGACACCACAACCCUUCAUCCCAUGCUCGGCUUUGACUACCGGUCACCAAGCUGGGAAAGGUGGAGGAGGAGAUGUGGACUGUGAAGGGAUCCAAUACCAUCUGGAUGUGCCCACGGCUACUGCCCAGAACUGUCAGCCUCCUUACCCAUGCCAACGUCUCUGCUGCUGUAUGACACCUCAGCUGCCACAGAACAUCAUUCUCUCUCCGUAACAUCUUUAUGCCGCACUUAUGUCAUCUUGCUGCUGCCCCAGGACCUUGACUUGGCAUCCUCCAAUCCUGGGCUGGCAUCUAACAUCACUUCAGCCCGAAGACCAUCUACGCCCCCCUGGAGCAGCCUGUGCUCAGUUUCCAUCUGUGAAUUCAGGAACAAUAGCCGCUUGUAGGAGUCCUGGGGCGCUGAAUCUAUCAGAAAGGCUAUCGUCCCUGAACUCACCUCAGCACAGGCUAGGUAAGUAGUGCACACACCACAUCCACAUCAAGCACACUACAUGAUAGGUAUAGGAACCCACACAUAGACCACAUAAUAGGUAUAGGCACCUACAUAUAGACCACAUACAUAGGGAGAUUAGAUAUUGGCUUGAUCCAGGGAUUUAUUCUGACCGCCAUAUUUGGGGUCGGGAAGGAAUUUUUCUCCUUGAUGAGACAAUUGGCUCAUUCCUCACAAGGAGUUUUCGCCUUCCUCUGGAUCAACACAGCCAUUAAUAGGUUUAGUAACAUAAUGUAAUAUAAUAUAAUAUUACCCUAAAAUUUACACAAAUGUAAACAUUAGAUUAGUACACAUGCCUAAAAAUAAAUGUUAUUUCUUUAGUGUUCUCCCCCCCCCUCCCUUAAUCACUUAGGUUAGGCAUGGGCUUUUGAUCCUGGGAUUUAUUCUGACCGCCAUAUUUGGGGUCGGGAAGGAAUUUUCCCCCCUGAUGAGACAAUUGGCCUUUUCCUCACAGGGGGUUUUCGCCUUCCUCUGGAUCAAAACAACCCGAAAAACAGAUAAACAAUAUACACAUACACACAUAUAUAAUAGUAAUCUUAAUAAUUAUAAAACACAAUCCUCUCUUACCCCUCCCUCAUAUCUAUAAAUAAAUGUCUUCCUUUUGGCCCCCUACAUCUUUGUGUGCUUGUCUUUAU